AUGGCCGAUGCAGAGCUAAAAACCAGCCCCACCAAGUUCUGCCUCUGCCUCGGGGCCUCUUACCCCCCCGGCGGGACUGAGGUGCCCCUGCAGCGGGUGGGCAGGGGGCGAGAGCGGGAGUGGGCACAGCAGGGCCCCCAGUGCACCAGAGGGAUAGACCGAACCCUGUGGUGUUGUGCUCCCAAACCAAACUGGGAGUUGGGGAGUCAGAGGGGGGGAAAUUUCCAAGCCAUCCCCCGCCGCCGCCGCGUCCUGCGGCCCCGGCGCCCCCCGGCCAGCGCCUCCGACCCCGGCCAGCCCUGCCCGUCAGAGAUGAACAAGAUCAAGGACAUCCUGGAGGUGAACUGCACGGAGCAGGAUCUCAGCGCCGUGCCCCUCGGCCUGCCUGCGGACACGGGCAUCCUGCUGCUCAGCGCCAACCGCCUGGUGUCCGUCUCCACCACCGCCUUCUACAACCUGACCCAGCUGCAGGACCUCGACCUGUCCGACAACGGGCUGGCGGCUCUGCACACCGAGGACCCGCUGCCCACCCUGAGGGAGCUGAUCCUCUCCCGCAACGCGCUGGGGGCCCUGCCCGCUCUGGUGGGUCUGCGCAACCUCACCCGCCUGGCCGUGGCCCACAACAACCUGACCAUGCUGGCCCCGGGGCUGACCACGCUGGCCCCGGGGACUUUCCACGCCAUGCAUGAUCUGCGGGACCUGGACCUGCGAGGGAACCGCCUGCGGACGCUGCCCCAGGAGAUCUUCAUGGGGCUGACGGCGCUCAGAUACUUGGACCUCUCCGACAAUCUCCUGGAAGAGCUCCCCAAGGAUUUGCUACAGGACUUGGAAAACCUGGAGACCCUCUGGCUCUCGGGGAACCUCCUGCGGACCCUGCCCGCCGACUUCUUCCCCGAGGGGCAUGACUUCAUGUACGUCUUCCUCCCGUGGCACUGUGACUGCGACCUGUGCUACCUGCGGAACUGGAUCUUGCAGAACGAAGACAGCGUCUAUCAGCCAGAGCGGGGCCGGGAGAAGACAAAGGUGGAGGUCGCCCCUGAGAGGGUGCUGUGCCACAGCCCCGUCAAGCAUCAGAAGAUGCCCGUCAUCGACUUCAACUCCAGCUGCAACAGCGUGGGGGAUGCGGACGCGCACAACUACGAGGAAGAACCGACAGAGAUAGCCAGCACGGCCGCCGCCUUCACCUCACCUCCCCCCAUCCCCGCUGUCACCUCGCCUCCCCUCAGCACCCCCUGUAGCCCCACCCUCACCCCAUGUACUUCACCUGUGAUUUCCAGAGGUGCCAGCACCACAACUCCUGUGCCAACCAGUCUCACUGUCACAGCCACACAGACCCCCAGCACUGCCGUCAUUCUCAUUUCUGCUCCUGCCAGCACCCCUCACAGAGCCACCACCCCUGUCCCCACAACCUCUCCGCCAACCACUGUGAGCACCAGAGCUGCCAGCACCAGCAGCCGUCCCCAGACCACUCUUGCCACCAGCACUAGCAACACCCAUUCCAUGCCCGUGGUGUCCAGUGGCACCUCUAUGGCACUGCCUUCCACUGCCCUGCUGGAGACCUCUUCUUCUGCUGUCAGAUCAUCAUCUCCUCUUCUGCCAUCAUCCACCACCAUCACCACCACGCGUUCCAGUCAUGCCCCAACAGCGCCAGCUCCCCUGGACACAACACCUGGACACCCCACCCAGCCUGCACCUUCCCCUCCACCCGCACCUCCGCUCUGCCCAUGCUCCGCCCCAGGACUGCUUCCGCACAUGCUGCGCUCGCGGGCGGGCGGGGAGGGUCCGCAGUGGGGGCAGUGGGUGCUGAGGCACUGCUGCCUGUUGCACUGGGUGCUCUACCUGGCCUCCUUGGCUCUGCUGGUCCUGACCGUGCUGGCUCUCGCAGGCUGGCUGGCCUGGAUGUGUCUGGUGGGACGGCCCUCCUGGCACAAGUCCCUGCAGACCCAAGAGGUGCGGCAUCCGCUGCUGAAGCCCAGGGAGCCGUACGGAACCACUGAGAUGCAGCUCAGCAGCUUCAAAACCCCCCUCCAGCACCCCAUGUUCUGCACCAUCAAGGAAGUAGAGUUGUACCCUGAGGUCACUUACUGCACGAUUAAAGACCUGGGGGUGCAGCACAGUCCUCCUGCAAGAUCCUCCUUCUGCACCACGAAGGAGCUGUGGGUUCACUGUGGUCCUCAGGGCAUUUCGGUCAAGCCUGUCUCCAGAAAGCUGACGGUGACAAACCUCAGCUCACUGAGGACCCCUUCUGCUUACAGCCUGGACAGGGGUGUCAAGGCCAUUGGCGAUGUCAGAGUGAAAUACGCUGGCAACACCUUGUAA